AGUCUGCUGCCAACUCCUAUGUAACACUGAGCCAUCCCAGGAUCACGCACUGCAGGCUACACUCUCAUCACACCUCCCUCCUUCUUCAGAAGAUAACACAAUCCUAAAAAGAGGAUGAGCAGUAAAGAAGAGGCCAGUAAGUGUGUCCCAGCCACUCUGUCAACCUUCACCAUCCAGUCCAUCCUGCAGGGCACCACGUCUGACCGAGGGAGAGCCAGUGCCAGGGUUUAUACCAGGGAGCCAGUCUCAUGCCAGGAGACAAGCCCUGCAUCAUCCUCAGAUGAAGAGGAGGCAGAGGAAGAAUGGAGAGGGCAUGGGUGCUGUUGCCCUGACAAUGGGACCAAGGAUUCUAAGGGACUAACUACCCACACCUGCCUACCCCACAGGUGCCCCAACACUACUCAAGGUCCACACAGUACAGAGAGACUUCAGGUCCCAUCUCCAACCCAACAGGACUUCCCAGGGGACAAAAACAGACGUUUCACCCCAAACACCCCUUCCUCAGCAGAGAGGCACAGGGAUGGAGGGGACAGGCAAGUGAAUUCUAAGAAGAAGACUAGGACAGUGUUUUCCAGAAGUCAGGUAUACCAACUGGAGUCCACCUUUGAUAUGAAGAGAUACCUGAGCAGCUCUGAGAGGGCUUGCUUGGCAUCAAGUCUUCAGCUGACAGAAACCCAAGUCAAAACCUGGUUCCAAAACCGAAGAAACAAGUGGAAAAGACAGUUAUCAGCCGAGUUAGAGGCUGCUAACAUGGCCCAUGCAUCUGCACAGACUUUGGUGGGAAUGCCCUUGGUCCUCAGAGACAACUCCAUUCUGAGAGUCCCUGUACCCAGAUCUAUUACCUUCCCAGCUCCCAUCUAUUACCCAGGCAGUAACAUGUCCAUACCUCUUUAUAAUAUAUACAACAAACUGGAAUAUUAACUGUACCCCUACAGAAACUGGGAGGAACCGAGAUACCUUAAGCUGCUGAUACAAAAACAUUCCCCCCCAAAAACUCACCUUCUCAUCUGUGAAUGAUCAAAUUAAACAUGUUUUGUUUUCCCACAAAGGAUAGUACAUACACCAUGUGUAUACUCCAACUUGUCUGCUUUAUGUUUGAGAUAAUUUGCUGCAUAUAUUUUGUAUGUUUUAUUUAAACAGGUACAUAUGAAUUAUUAUUAUUAUUAUUUUU